GACCUCAUUGACACGCAACGAUGGCGACGAGGGGUAAGUUUCGCCGUCGCCUGUGGCCCGUCCUCCAGAACCCGCAGUAUGAUGAUGACCUUGCCGUCGCGUCAUGUCGUGUUGUGUUCUGUCGUGCAGCUGCCCCAGCUCCAGUCGUCACCACCAUCUCCCAUCUGCUAUGGCGGCUUUGUCAUGGUCACGCUAUCGAAUCUCCGUUUUGAACGCCUCCAGCCACGACUGCUGCCUGUUACAACACAAAUGGCGCCGGUCGACUUCCAACCGCUCACUUCCAUUACGAUUGUCGUCGUUGCCGUCCUCAUGUUUUUCUGUUCCCGUCUGAUUCCACCAAUCAAACCAGCCACUCUCUUGCCUCAUCCCCUUCACACGUCGGCACUACCACUUCCAAAGGUAUCAGUCAGCUUAUCAAAAACUUAA